GCUGCAGCAGGAAUCGAGUUUGACAUGAUUUCCAUUUGAAACAGUUUCAGCACACAGUUAGUCGUGUCCUUACCGGGUAAAAAAAAAAAACAUCGUGUCAACUAAUAACUUCACUAUGUUUGCUAUUAACAUGCUAAACAACAGCGUCACAUAGUUAUCAGAAGCGAUAACAUCUCGCUCCAGCCAGACCGACAGGUAACUUCAUCGUUACCUGAGUUACCCGAGCAGUCGCGGAGAAGACAGCUGGCGCGGGGAGAAUGGAUGUAGUGCGACAGUCGAUCAACUUUGGGCUCAAUCCAGCAGCUGUGGCUUAUUCUAUGACCACACUGGGAUCUGGCAUGAUAAACAACAUCUUUAGCUUCUACUAUGUCAAACUCUUUCUCAAUAAGUACAAGAUAUCAGAGGGAGCAUUCCACCAAUCACAAGUGGUGUACAUGGUGUGGAAUGCAAUCAAUGACCCUCUUUUUGGCUACCUGCAAGAUAACUCCAGGGUGCCCUGCUGCUCCCAGAGACGUCUCUCCAUCCUGUAUGGUGCUCCCCUAUACUCACUGGCUUUUCUUAUAGCCUGGUUCCCAUGGCAGACCUACGCCCCCGGUGACUGGUUGAGCGGCGUACACUUGAUGGUGGCGCUGUGUGCUUUUGACGCCAUGCUGACUUUUGUGCUGCUGGCACAAUGUGCGUUGUUUGCAGAGAUCUCCAGCCACCAUCAGAGCCGACUAAGACUUGUAAAGUACAGCCAGGUGGCUUCUCUCCUUGGCUCCUCCAGUGUCCUCUUCUGUGGUGUGUUGUCCAGUAACAUGGAGGACUUUGCGUCCUUCCAAGCCUACACCGUGCUGAUCGCUGUCGUGAGCUGUGUCUGCAUGCUCUACACGGGCCUCCACAGUGCGAGCCGCUUUGAUAACAAAGGAUCUGAAUCAGACGCACUGGAGUCUCCUGACCAGACUUCCCAUCAAUCAGGCUUUUCCUUCUCCAUGUUAACAACUUUGACAUGGCAAAUUCUGAGCAACAGGGACUUCCGGCUUUUUGUGUGCAUGAACUUCUUCCAGGUUUUUGUGUUGGCUUUCUUCAAUAAUUUUACCAUGAUAUUUGCUGAGCACCUGAUUCCUCCAGAUGUGCUUCCAUCACUGGCCAAGAGCAUCAUGUACGGAGCGGGAUUCAUCUGUCCACAGCUGUUAGUAUUGAGCUGUCAGAGUCUGCUCCAUGAUGUUGGCUACUACCGGAUAAUCCUCUUCACCUUCUACAUGGAAGCUGGAAUGGCAGCUGUGAUGCUCGCACUCGGUCCUCAGCACUACUAUUUUAUGGCAUUUUUCCUCACCGCUAACAUGGUCAUAAUACAGGCAGCCUUCAGUCUUUUUGGCUUGGCUUUGGCUGACAUCAUUGACACAGACCUGCAGAAGUACAAGCGCAGUUCCCCUCUCUCCUCCAUGGUCUUUGGGACGAAUGCUCUGUUCACUAAGCCGGCUCAGUCUCUAGCCCCAAUGAUGGUGCUCAAUAUCCUCAACCAGUUUGGAUAUGAACAGCUGAAGGACGCUGGAAGGGAUUCAAAUAUAAGCGCCUCAGAGAGUCUCCAUAGUGUCAUGUUCUACUUGGUGUGUCUGGUGCCCAUGUGUGUCGCCGCUCUGCAAGCACUCGCUUGGAGGCCGUUCUCCAUACGCAACAGUCACACGGUUGACACAAAAUACGUUGACGGCUGACUUCAAUAUUUUAGUGUUCAAAGGAAGCCUGUUGCUAUUUCUUCGGCUGGGAUUUGAGGAAAUUCUUUAUGGCCAAGUAUGAGAUUACGUUCCUUCUUUCACUGUAUAUUCCAGGAUUAUACUGUGUGUG